GCCUGCCUCCCCAACGGAGGGAUGGGGAAAUUUAGAAGCUCCAAGUAACUUAUCUUCGGGUCUCUCCCCCCUCCCCACUUUCCUCUCUCUCUCUCUCUCUUUCUUUUUUUAAGCAAACUUCUCUCCUUCUUCUCCCACGGAGCCACUUAAGAAUCCUAGAGAAUGUAAAGUGGAGGAGAAGGAGCUCCUAAGUUUUGGGGAGAGGCGCGAUGGAACGUGUCAAAAAUGGAUGGUCGGCUUUGAUUCUCCCGAACUAACGGUUUUCGGAAGGCUGGAUUGGUCGUGCUUUUUUUCAGAACAAAAGAGAGGUUUUUUUGGCCUUGAAGUUUAGGGAGAAGAGGAGGAAGGCGGGCGCGUGUGGGGAGAAUCGGGGUGGAGGUCUUCCUCUGACCAAUGAAAAUGUUGGAGAUUUGCCUGAAAUUAGUUGGGUGUAAGUCGAAAAAGGGGCUCUCCUCGUCUUCCAGCUGCUAUUUGGAAGAAGCGCUUCAAAGGCCCGUCGCCUCUGAAUUCGAGCCCCAGAGUCUAAGCGAAGCUGCUCGCUGGAAUUCCAAAGAAAAUCUCCUUUCUGCUCCCGGCGAAAAUGAUCCAAAUCUUUUUGUGGCCUUAUAUGAUUUCGUAGCGAGUGGUGACAACACUCUCAGCAUAACUAAAGGGGAGAAACUCCGCGUCUUGGGCUACAACCACAAUGGAGAAUGGUGCGAAGCCCAGACGAAGAACGGACAGGGCUGGGUGCCCAGCAACUACAUCACCCCCGUCAACAGCUUGGAAAAGCAUUCGUGGUACCACGGGCCGGUGUCGCGCAACGCGGCGGAGUAUCUGCUGAGCAGUGGGAUCAACGGCAGCUUUUUGGUACGGGAAAGUGAAAGCAGUCCUGGUCAGAGAUCCAUAUCCUUGAGAUACGAGGGACGGGUCUACCACUACCGGAUCAACACCGCGUCUGAUGGGAAGCUUUACGUCUCUUCAGAAAGCCGUUUUAACACCUUGGCUGAGCUGGUCCACCACCACUCAACCGUUGCUGAUGGGCUGAUUAUCACACUCCAUUAUCCUGCCCCGAAGCGGAACAAACCUACCAUUUAUGGUGUUUCUCCAAACUAUGACAAGUGGGAGAUCGAACGUACGGACAUUACGAUGAAGCACAAACUGGGUGGUGGUCAAUACGGAGAGGUGUAUGAAGGUGUCUGGAAGAAGUACAACCUUACGGUGGCUGUGAAAACCCUAAAGGAGGAUACCAUGGAGGUAGAAGAGUUCUUGAAGGAGGCAGCGGUAAUGAAAGAAAUCAAGCAUCCAAAUUUGGUGCAAUUACUGGGUGUAUGUACGAGGGAGCCACCGUUUUAUAUCAUCACCGAGUUCAUGACCUAUGGGAAUCUGCUGGAUUAUUUGCGGGACUGUAACAGGCAAGAAGUGAAUGCCGUUGUGCUCCUCUACAUGGCCACCCAGAUUUCCUCUGCCAUGGAGUAUCUGGAGAAGAAGAAUUUCAUCCACAGGGACCUCGCUGCCCGGAACUGCCUGGUAGGGGAAAACCAUCUGGUGAAGGUGGCCGACUUUGGCCUAAGCAGAUUGAUGACGGGUGAUACCUACACCGCCCAUGCCGGGGCUAAGUUCCCUAUCAAGUGGACCGCACCAGAAAGUCUCGCUUACAACAAAUUCUCCAUCAAAUCUGACGUCUGGGCUUUUGGCGUCUUGCUUUGGGAAAUUGCCACCUAUGGCAUGUCCCCGUACCCUGGGAUCGACCUAUCGCAAGUGUAUGAACUUUUGGAGAAGGAUUAUCGCAUGGAACGCCCUGAAGGCUGUCCAGAAAAAGUCUAUGAGCUCAUGAGAGAAU